GGUCACCCUCCGAGUGGUAAACUCCUUCCCCGAGCAGUCGCAUCCGCUCCUUGCCCGUAGAUCAGCAGCGACCAAGCGGCAGGAUCCACAGAUUGUUGACACAUACGACCGGUUCAUCAAGUGAAGGUCGCGUCUAAAAGCCUGUGAACUGUCAUUAACGAGUCAGAAUCGCUACGUGGAUAUUGAGGAAGCCCGAAGUCGCAGGCGCGAACCAACCUCCCAGAAUGCCGGUCGAAGUCAGUCAAAAGGAGCUCGACGAGUUUUUCCACUGCGCCCUCGACUUGGUCAAAGAGGCAGGACAGAUGGUCAGGAGUGCAAUACAAGAAGAUAAGCAGGUGGAGACUAAAGCGAGCUUCGCAGACUUGGUCACUGAAACUGACAAAGGCGUCGAGAAACUUCUGAUCAGCAAGCUAUCGGAAAAAUUCCCCGGCCAUUCAUUCAUCGGCGAGGAAUCGACCGCCGGGGGAACGAAAAACGAUCUGACGGAUAAUCCGACGUGGAUUAUCGAUCCUGUCGAUGGCACGAUGAAUUUCGUCCACACUUUCCCCAUGGUGGCCGUUUCAGUGGCUCUCGCUAUCAACAAAGAGAUCGCACUAGGUUUCAUUUACAACCCGGUGCUCGAGCUUUUGUAUACCGCCCGCAAAGGUCGAGGAGCUUUCGUCAACGAUGCCAAACUGAAAGUAUCAAGCUGCACGGAUUUGGCGAAAGCAGUUGUGAUGAGCGAAGCUGGAUCUGGGAGGGACCAGGAGAGAAUCGAUUUAAUCUUCCAAAAUAUGAAGAAUAUCUUACCGCGGGCGCAUGGCAUUCGUUCGUUGGGCUCCGCCUGCAUGAAUAUGGUCAUGGUAGCCGGCGGAAACGCCGAUGCCUACCAGGAAUUCGGCAUCCACUGCUGGGACAUUGCAGCCGGGAAGAUAAUCGUGGAAGAAGCCGGCGGUUACGUCUGCGAUAUGAACGGUGGUCCCCUGGACUUGAUGGCCAGGAGAGUUCUUUGUGCUUCGUCGCGCGAACUGGCGGAACAAAUCGUCAAGUUGGUCAAGUACAUGGAGCUUGAGAGAGAUUGAAACUUGAAACGUAAAAUCUCCGUCUUGAGGAAAAAUCAAAACGACAACGGAAUGGUCACGUGGAAGCACCGGAAGGAAUGAAAAGGUUCCAGAUGACGGAGAAGAAGCAGUAGAACAGUAGUCUAAUGAAUAAAAAAAGCUGAUGAAUA